ACGGAGAAACACAAAUCAAUUACAACAUAGAAAGAUGAAUGAACGUCAAGCACCUAUUUCAACUGACGACAAAAACCAUAGAAUACAAGCCCACUGUUCUGCCAUAUCACUGAACAUAUCCCAUAUCGUCUCGGCAAUCAGUCAAUGGCAUGGCUCCGACGACUCAUACCAAAAUAAAACAAACAUGUAAAUAAAACAAAGUGGGAGAGAGAAAAAGUAACUCGUAAAAAAACAAAUACGGAGAAACACAAAUCAAUUACAACAUAGAAAGAUGAAUGAACGUCAAGCACCCAUUUCAACUGACGACAAAAACCAUAGAAUACAAGCUGCGGCUUUUCUUGGUUUGGUUGGAGGGAUUUCAGCUUUAUUUGGGUUUUCAAAGACUCUAGGCAAAGCCAAGAAAUCCGAAUCAAAGCUAGUGGAGAAAGGAGGUACAAAAACCCUUUUGUUAUUGGACGAAGGAUCGGCCUUAGCUAUGCGCGCUUUGGGUUGGGGAACAUUAUAUGCUGUAUUAGGCACUGGGGCGUUUUGCUUUGGCGUUUGGAAAUUGUCUGGUGCAAAGAAUAUGGAAGAAUUUCGUUUAAAAAUGGGAAGCGGACUGCCAAAACUUACAAGCGAUCAGCCACCCACUAGUCGCACCGAUUUUGAGAGUCUGACUGAUCUAAUGAAAUAUUUGGCUGCCUGGGGAAAGGAAUGAUAAACAAAAAAUAAUAUUUGCAUUAGUUAUUAGUAAACCACACAUUUUUGAAAAUAAUUUACUUUUUUAUUGAAACUCAUUAAAAACUCCAUUUUGUGUCAGCCAGAA